AUGAGUGUUGGAAGGAAGGAGAAGAUUAAAAUUGGUGGGGAUCUUAAUGAUGGUAAAUUUCUUCAUCUAUGUCAUUGUUGAAGUUUCAAAGAGCGACAACCAAGACAAAAAUGGAAAAGGACAAGUUCUCGUGCCACGUAGCAAAUUCUGGAAGAAAUACAAAGCAAGCAAUGCAUAUUGGAAUAGGGAGCAACAAAAGUUGGACAGAUUGCACAAUCCAAUACUCAACCUGCUCAACAAUGUUACAGUGGAAGAAAUGGUGGCUUUCAAUGCAAGUCUGCUGAACUCCUGUGAAAUGGACACAAAUAUACCUUCUGAAGUAAAAGACUUUGCCAGCUUGCCAGACAGAUUUAAGGAUUUCCUUCUUUAUUUAAGAUGUAAGAAUUAUUCCCUGGUUUUGGACCAGCCGGAUAAGUGUAAAGAUAAGCCCUUUUUGCUACUGGCCAUAAAGUCUCUAACACCACAGUUUGAUAGAAGACAAGCCAUACGGGAAUCUUGGGGGAAAGAGAUAAAAAUAAACAACAUGACUGUUGUAAGGGUGUUCCUUCUUGGACAGACUCCAACUGAGGACAAUCACCCAGAUCUUUCAAAUCUGAUUAAAUAUGAAAGUGAUCUGUACAAUGAUAUCCUC